AUAAAUGGUAGUCCCCGUGCUGGAUUUUCAGAAUACUGAAAUUAAUAGUAAAUAGCAAGGAAUGCUACUAAGGUUUUUUGGUUUGUUUGCUUUUCUGUCCACAUAUCCCAUGCAAGAAGGGUGAGAGGUUGCCUCGUUUCCUUUGGACUUGUUAUCGGGAGAAACCCAGUCCCUGGAGAAGGACGUCAGACUUGAUUCAAAAGCAAACAUGAGGAAAAUCCUCAAGGAGGUAGAUUGAUACAGUGCCUGCAGCAGCCGGCCCAGAGAAAACAACAUUUAUCAAAAUGGAAUUUCCUGAGAAGAAAAAGGUAGUGAUGAGCUCAUAUGAGGCCUGGAGACAAAUGUAACAAGAGAACUGCAUGCAGGAAACAGGUUUUCCAGGACUCAGAAUCUUCUGAAAAUUGGCAUUGUGCAUCUGCUUUUGAGAGAGGUAGCGGAUAGAUUGGAUUGACCAACCCACGUGGUCUUUAAAAAACAAGACUGACGCUCUGACAUUUCUCAGAUCAUUACUGACAAGUCAAAACGUCAUGGGAUGUCAGCUGAACCUUCAUAGUCCUGUACAGUAUCUCAAGAGCAGCAGAAAAUGAGCAAAUCUUGGGCAUCAGUGUCCUUCGAGGACGUGGCUGUGGAGCUCACCCAGGAGGAGUGGCAGCACAUGGGCCCUGCCCAGAGGACCCUCUAUAGAGAUGUGAUGCUGGAGAAUUACAGCCACCUCCUUUCAGUGGGGUAUUGUACUGCCAAACCAGAGGUGAUCCUUAAGUUGGAACAGGGAGAAGAGCCAUGGUCCUUAAAGGAAGAAUUGACAAAUCAGAGCUACCUGGUACAUCAAGAAAUUCACCUAAAAGAGGAACUCUACAGAUAUGAAUUAAAUACAGAUUUUUGCAACAAAAAUUCAGUGCUCAGUGUACAUCAGCAAAGUGAUACAGGACAGAAGUCCUUAGAAUGUGAUGAAUGUGGGAAAUCAGCAUAUCAGAAUGAACACCACAUACAACACCAGAGGAUCCACUCAGGGAAGAAGCCUGGCGGACGUAAGGAACAACGGGAAUCCUUUUGUUGGAAGUCACGUGGUAGAACUCAUACGUGUACCAAAUUCUAUGAAUGUCAGAAAUGUGGGAAAUCUUUUUGCUGGAAGUCAAAUGUCAGUGAGCAUCUAGAAAGUCACACCAAAAAGAAAAAUUAUGAACAUAAUACGUGUAGAGAAUAUUUUAAGAAUUUUGCUCACAAAGAGCACCAGAUGAAUGGCUCAGACAAGAGAUUCUAUCAAUGUAAUGAAUGUGGGAAAGUGCUCUCAAGGAAUUCUGCCUUCAAAACACAUCAGAGAAUCCACACAGGGGAGAAGCCUCAUAAGUGUAGUGAAUGUGGGAAAACCUUCUCCCAGAAGGUACACCUCAGAAGACAUCAGAGAGUUCACACAGGGGAGAAACCUUACAAAUGUAAUGAAUGUGGCAAACAAUUUGCUGAUGAUUCAAGCUUUAGAGUACAUAAGAGGUUUCACAACGGGGAAAGACCCUACGGAUGUAAUGAGUGUGGGAAAGCUUUCCAUUUGAAGUGGGAGCUCAUUAUACAUCAAAGAAUUCAUACAAGGGAAAAACCCUUUGAAUGUCAGGAAUGUGGGAAAUCUUUCUACCGGAAGGACCACUUCCGUACGCAUCAGGUGGUUCACACAGGAGAGAAACCCUAUAAAUGUAAUGAAUGUGGGAAAAUGUUCUCUCUAAAAGCGCAUCUUCGCGUGCACCAGAGAAUUCAUACAGGGGAGAAACCCUAUGAAUGCAAUAAAUGUGGGAAAGCUUUCACCCAUAGGGGAACCCUCACAACACACCAGAGAGUGCACACAGGUGAGAAACCUUAUGAAUGUAAUGAAUGUGGGAAAGCUUUUACCCGAAAUGAUAGUCUUUUAUUACACCAGAGAAUUCACACAGGAGAGAAACCCUUUGAAUGUACUGAAUGUGGGAAGACGUUUUCCAUAAAGUCAUACCUCAUUUUACAUGAGAGAAUUCACACAGGAGAGAAGCCAUAUGCAUGUCAUGUAUGUGGGAAAGCUUUUGCCCAAACUUCAAAUCUCAAAGUACAUGUAAACACUCAUACAGUAGAGAAAACACACAGGUAGUGAAAAUGGGGAAACCUGUCAGAAACCAGGGUUCAACACACAUGAGAGGAGUCACACAUAGCAUAAAAUAUAUGAAUCUCUUGGAUGUGGGAAAGAUUUUAAUAACUCCACCCCCAGAAACCAUUGGCUAAUCCAUGUAGGAUAAAACCUUUGAAUGCAAUAAAUUUAGGAGAAUUUCUGUAGGGCAGGGUUGUAAAUUCAUUUGAAUACACCCAAGAGAAAAACCUUUUCCUUAAAACUCACUCAAGGGGUAAAACACAUCACACAGUCCAACAACUUGUACUGUAAGCAUACUCUUACUUUAGGCUUGUAGCUAUUCUAGACUUUGUCCUCGAUUCAUCUAGAUAUACCUGGUACUGCUAGUGUCUUAGACAUGCCACAUAGGCUACAUCCAAGUCUAACUCGCAUUCUUCCUUACCCUGUUAAAAAGGGAGGGAAACUCCAUACGUCCAUAGAAUAGGAUGGCUUAAAUUCAGCAUGGCAGAGCAUAUGGUGAAAGAACCUAAGGUUCUUCAGUAAAUAAUUUGAGCCAAAUUCUCCCCAAGUCAAGAGCUUGCUUCAGUUGAGGUUUUUGUUGUUGUUUUUUUAAGCAAAAUAUGCUUGUGUUCUAAAUUGAACACUUAGCUGUUCAAUUGCUUAGAUAUAUGUUUGGGUGGGCUUCAGCCCUGUGAGUACGUUGAAUGUGACCAGAACUGAGAACUUGGCCUCAUAUAUUAGUAAACUCCCUCAAGAAAGCUACGUUAGCCACUAUUGCCCUAACACAACUACAAGUAGGUUGUUUAAAGGACAGUGAUUAAGAUGUCCUCCAUGCUAAAAGCAGGUACAAGGUGGUACUAUUAGGAGAGACUAUUACCGUCUCAUUGGAAGUUGGGUUGCUUAAUAAACAUUGUUAUUCUAAUAUCUAAAUGAGUAUCCAUCUAUCAUUUUUGGAAUAAAAUAACCUUUUUUUUUU